CAGCUGAUACGAAAUACGACGAUCUAUACUUGACACAACCAUUUUUCAACAUGGCCCCCAAAUCUGCAGGAUUCUCUGACAAUACCAUGCUGAACAAUGUCGCUGAAGACAAAGAACAGACAUCAGCUUCCCUCGUCGUCGGGUCCGAUGUUCUGACUCGAUGGGGUAGAGGGAAGGUGAUAGAGAUUCGAGAUGACUUGAUGGAAACUCAUGCAGUGAAACUUUCUUCGUGGAGAUUGGCUGGUCGUUCAUCGGUAAUCUGCUAUGUGUCUAGGAAAGAAUGYCAAGCAAUGCGACCCAAAAAAAUCUAUGAUAUGGAUGUCUUCGAAAAGAUAGAACAUGCGAACGAGUUGAAGGAACUCGCUACGUCCAAAUUCAUGACGAGGGAUUAUACUGGAUCAUUAGAAUUAUUUGCUAGGGCUUUGGAUUCUGUACGAUAUGUUCAACAUAAAGCAGAUUCUACAAACGAAGUUAGAGCAGAUUUGAUCGUUGUGAUGAUUACUUGCUCAAAUAAUGCCGCACUAUGUUCCUCAAAGAAAGGGGAUUGGGAACGUGCGGCAAAGUUUGCAGCAAAUGCACUAGUCUUAAUCGAAGCUCUUGAAGAGAAAGGCAAUGAAAGUAAAAUCAAGACCGUAAUCAAUAACGAUGGCAUCGGAGAUUCUCAGUUGUUUGGGACAUGGAAAGUUAAGGUAAGAUUGGACACGAAGCACUAUUUGUUGACGAUCCAAUUUGUGAUCSAAUGUUCCCUCACGUUGCUUUCAAUCUUGGCUGGCAUGAUUGUAGAGUCUGCUACUUAUCGCAAAAUCCAUGAUGGAACGGCAUGACACUUCCAAAACGACUAGUACUCUGAAGAAAGCAAUGGAAGCRAUUUCAGUCUACAAAAAAGAAGRUGAUCAAAUGUACAAACAACUUUCUACGCAAGAGAAGGAUAUCCGAAGGCUGCGAUUAGAGUUUUCGAGAAAGACUAGAGAAGCGCGAAUAAAAGAAAAGAAACAAGCUAAAGCGAUGUUUGGUGGGAAUGAAGAACAUAAACAUGUCAAAAAAAAUGACAUAUCAAACAACGAGACAACAGUACAACAAAAGGAAAAAAUAUCGGGCGAAAUCAAAACAGAAGAAUCAGAAUUAUCAAAGAAUCGCGCUACCCGUAAAGAAGAUUGUGUACCUGUGGGUUUCAAUGGAGACGAAGAUGAUGAUUAUUCACACUCCUCUUUYAUCGAGGAACACAGUGAGGCACUUCUGAUCCUUUCUUGCAUUGCUGUAGGAUGGUUCGUUGUAAAGAUGGUUACUAAAAGAAAAUAAUAUAGUCGCAAUUGCAUUGGUUUUUAAAUGGAACGUUGCGAUUUCUUCGACAUUCUUUUUGACAUCAUACGCUCAAACGUAUACCGUGGUAAGAGGUCAUGCUCGACAAAGAACAAACGACGGAGGACUUCAUUGAUGUUUGAGUCCUCUGCACUAACAAAUAAAGAUAGCGCAUUUGU